AUGCCAAACGGUACCCCGGUGGCUGCCCCGCCAGCCCACCUCGAGGGCCCAUCGGUCGUUUCGUUUGCGCUGCCGUAUUCCUUUCUUUUUCUCGUCGGCACCGCAGGAAAUGUGGCGGUUUUGACAUAUGUGUUUUUUGUGACGCGCUCCUUACGCUCGUCGGUAACAGCACUUGGAAAUACGUUUGUAUAUAUGGUAGUACUCUCCGGUGUUGAUCUACUCGUCACAAUGUCAAUUCCAUUCCACUUAUCAAUGACCGUCCUUGAGAACUGGAUCUUUGGCCACUACGCCUGCAAGGUCUACUUCUUCAUCGAACUCUCCAACAAGAUUUGUUCAUCGUUUAUCUUAACUGCUCUGGCAUUUGAUCGCUACAUGGCAAUUUGUCACCCGGAAAUGAAGCGGGUUCAUCAAAUGCGCCAAACGUCAGCAAUUGUGGCUGUGAUGAUUUGCCUAUCGACUUGUCUUAUUUUGCCCGUGGUCUAUUCAUCAUUUGUCCGUGAAAUUACAACGAACAACAUUUAUUCCCGAUGGGUGGAUGCUAAUAAGACGCACGUCAAUUAUCCGGUGGUAAAAUCGAGGUGUAUGGACGGGAUGACGCGGCAAUUUGCAUUUUGGCAAGUCAGCGCGAUUGUCGUAUUUGCAUUUAUACUUCCCUGCACAUUGUUGACGUAUUUUUACGUGAGGAUUGUGGUUCGAUUACGACGGCAAAUGCGGACCAUGUUGCAAUCUCGGAUUCCCAUUCGGAGAAUAACAAUUUACACUCUUGUGGUGACAAUUUUUUAUUUGGCAUGCCAGAUACCGUAUUGGAUCCCGCAGAUCUAUCUAAUUAUGAGAAGGGUGAUGAGCAUCCCAUCAAGUCCAGAUUUCAUUAAAUGGACUUAUAUAACGCACAUGCUACCAUUUGUGGCCGCUGCGUUUAACUGGAUCUUCUACGCCCAGUUGAAUUCACAAUUCAAAAAGGGGCUGAUAUUGGUGACGGAGCGGAUGCAUCGGAAAAUGACAAGAUCCGGUGUGAAAAAAGGGCCAGACACAAUGGACGAGCUAUGCAUAGAAAUGAUGUCCCGAAGCGAUGAGGGCCCAAAUUGUGUCUGCCCCAAUUGCGAACAUCCGCUUUCAAUAAAGGUUCAGAAAAUCAGCUCCUCGGUGGCGGCCGUGCAAAAUGGAAAUGGGAAUGCUGUC